CAGAGAGGGAGGCGUUCACACAGACGAAUAUAUAAUGUCAUUUAAACACAGUAUCCUUUCCGAUAUCCAAACUUUAGAAAAAUGCUAAAUGGAAUAUGCGUUCUGGAGAUGCAUUUUGAUAUAAAGCUCUUCGUUCUGGACAGUAUUUUUGGAAUUGUAUUAUAACGGAUCAGGGAUGACAAAGAGAAUGGGAUACAGAGACUGGAGAUGGCUGGCUCUUUGGUGGCAUAAUUUCUUUCUCUUGUGGAGUACAAUAGACGGACAGACUCGCUACACCAUCUCGGAGGAACUGAAACAGGGCUCUGUGGUAGGAAAUCUAGCCAAAGAUCUGGGUUUGGGACUAUCUGAAUUUUUAGACCGUAAACUGCGUGUCGCUUCUGAGGCUGGUAAGCAGUAUUUCAAUGUGGAUGCGGGGAAGGGCGAGCUGAUCGUCAAUGAGAGAAUAGACAGAGAGACGUUAUGCGGACAAAGCGCCAGCUGCGUUUUACCUCUGCAGGUUGUCAUUGAAAACCCGUUACAGUUGCACCGUAUUGAGGUGGAAAUACGAGACAUAAAUGACAAUUCGCCUAGUUUUCUUACAAAGGAGCUCACAUUGAAAAUAGCAGAAUCGACAGUUGCGGGCGCACGUUUUCCUUUGGAGAGUGCAGAGGACCCUGACGUGGGCAGUAAUUCACUUAAAUCCUAUACUAUUAGUAAAGAUGAGUGUUUUACGUUGAAGGUAAAGGAGCUUGGUAAUGGAAAGAAAAUACCAGAACUAGUUUUAGAGAAGCCCUUAGACCGAGAGAAAAAAUCUGUCCAUAAACUACUGUUAACAGCUCUAGAUGGAGGUAAUCCUGUCAGAUCCGGUACGGCAGAGAUAACUAUUACUGUGCUUGACGUAAACGAUAAUUUUCCAGUGUUUGAAAAGUCUAUGUACAAAGUUUCUGUCCACGAAAAUAGUGCAAAGGGGACAUUUAUGAUUAAACUUAAAGCGACAGAUAUUGACGAGGGUCAAAAUGGGGAAAUAAACUAUUCGUUUGGUGAGCGCACCCCUGAGUCUGUGCUUUCUACAUUUAAUAUGGAUCCAGACACAGGGGAUAUUUUUUUGAAGGGGGAUUUAGAUUUCGAAAGAGCUACAACAUAUGACAUUGACAUCACGGCGAGAGAUGAAGGCACUCCUGAAAUGGAAGGACACUGUCGCGUGCAGGUAGAGGUAAUAGACGUUAACGACAAUUCGCCUGAAAUUGUCCUCACUUCCCAACCAAACCCGGUGCGCGAGAACGCGCUCAGUGGCACGGUAGUAGCUUUGAUCAGUGCCCGGGACCUUGACUCCGGUAAUAACGGUAAAGUGAAGUUACAGCUCCCGAUAGGUUAUCCUUUUAGUCUGAAACCUUCCUUUUCUAAUAAUUACGCACUGGUCACAAGUGAUGUUUUAGACAGAGAGAGUUUCUCAGAGUAUAAUAUUGAGAUAACAGCCACUGAUUCGGUCCCUCCCCGGACUACCAAGAAAAUAAUACCAGUCACUAUCAUUGAUGUCAACGACAACCCCCCUAAAUUCUCUCAGCCCUUCUAUAAUGUAUAUUUAAAAGAGAAUGGACUACCAGGAUCCAUGCUAUCCUCAGUAUCAGCAUCUGACCUGGAUUUCGGGGAUAAUGCCAAGAUCUCCUACUCCAUCCUAGACUCCAAAGCGCAGGACGUUUCUGUAUCUUCCUAUGUGUACAUGAACACUGAUAAUGGCAGUAUCUACAGCAUGCACUCGUUUGACUAUGAGAAACUAAAGAUGUUUCAGAUUCUGGUGCAGGCCAAGGACCACGGCUCUCCCUCUCUGAGCAGCAACGCCACUGUCCAUGUUUUUAUCCUGGACCAGAACGACAACGCCCCCGCUGUUAUUUACCCCUCCGCUGCCCUGGGCUCGCUCUCUCACCAGAAGAUGCCCCGCUCCGCUAAAGCAGGCCACUUGGUUACUAAGGUAACGGCUGUGGAUGCAGACUCGGGCCAUAACGCCUGGAUCUCAUAUAAACUGGUGGAGGCCACAGACGCGUCUCUGUUCAGUGUCAAUCUUUACACGGGGAGGUGAGGACUA